AUGGAGUACGAUUACCCUGAGAUGUUUGACAAAAAUGGCAAUGCCGUGAAGUUUGCCUGUGGCGGCGACGGCGACGGCGACGUCUACAAGCCCUCUGUCUUCAUCAACAGUAAGUGCUACGGGUCCCCCGCCAAUAAAAGCUCUACCAGCAAGCCCGACCCCAUGCGCGUAUACUACGCCUAUGGUCUCAAAUCCUGCAUCGGCGGAGCCCAAAGGGAUGUUGAUGGCUCUGGAACCCCCCACCCAAGUAUUACCGAUUCCAGAGCCGACUAA